CUGAUGGGCAUGUGUGACAGAGAAAAGGAGCUGCACAAACAGAACAAACGUGGAUUAGAGCUGACACUUUGUUUUUUUUGGAACACAGUGUGACAUGGACGACUUUUUGUGACUUCUUUGUGGAAGUUUGAGAUUACCUCCAAAAAAGCAAAAGCCAAAAAGAUAAAGGAAUAAUGAAGGACUUGGUGACAUCUGCUAAGACUGAGGUCUCUGAGCAGAAAGGACAGGAUGCGACCCAACGAAGAGUCUGGAUCAAGAACGAAGCAGCUCGAGUGGGACUUGCUGAAACCCUCAGCACCUAUGUUAUGAUGGCAUUUGGCCUGGGCUCGGUGGCUCAGGUGGUGACGGGACAGGGCGCAUUCGGACAGUACAUCAGCAUCAACAUUGCUUUUGGGCUUGCCGUUGCUAUGGGUACUUAUGUUGGAGGGAAGGUCUCAGGAGCUCAUAUGAAUGGAGCGGUGUCGUUUACGAUGUGUGUGUUUGGGCGCCUGACGUGGAAAAUGCUGCCGCUGUACAUUUGUGCUCAGUUACUCGGCUCCUUCCUGGCAUCAGGAACAAUAUAUGCAAUCUACUACGAGGCUAUUCAUAACUACUGUGGAGGAAAUCUGACUGUUACUGGUCCAAAGGCCACAGCUGGGAUCUUUGCCACCUAUCCUGCUCCAUACCUGUCACUGGUGGCCGGAUUCGUUGACCAGGUGUUUGGAACAGCGAUGCUGCUGCUGUGCGUGAUGGCUCUGUCGGACCAGAAGAACAAACCACCUCCUGCUGGCUGUGAGCCCGUCAUUGUGGGUCUGCUGGUGAUGCUCAUCGGCAUGUCUCUGGGCAGCAACAGUGGUUAUGCCAUUAACCCCACCAGAGACAUUGCACCCAGGGUCUUCACUGCCAUAGCAGGCUGGGGGUCUGAAGUGUUCAGGGCUGGACACUGCUGGUGGUGGGUGCCUCUCGUUGCUCCGUCCGUCGGAGGUGUCCUGGGAGCAGGGGUGUACAAGGCCUUUGUUGAACUGCACCACCCACACCCCUCUGAACAGAACAGGGUGCAAGUGGAAGAUGAGGUCAUUCCUUUGGUGAAAAGAGUGUAACAUCUGUUCAAAUGUAUGAGCUUGUCAAAGCUACGCAAACAAAUACGUGCAGCUGUGUUGAACUGCAUUUCAUUACAAGAUGGCUGUAUUUAUAAAUUAUUUAGUAAAAUAAUUGAGACUGACUUAGAAUGCACUAUAUGCUUAUAUAAUUUGUAAUAAUAAUAAUACAUGUAUAAGCAUUUUUUACUCACAAAAACCAAAAACCUGCUACCUUCUCUUAUUAAGAAGGUUAGUGGUUGAAGUGAGUAUUCGUUAGUCUAAAAUCAAUUUCAGAAAGAUGUAAACUGUGUUUUUUUGCAUGGACACUUUUAGGAGAGUCCUAAAAUAAUAAAACAAAAACAGCUGGUGAUGCCUUCUAACAGCCUGAAAGGGCAGAGGUAGUAACUUUGGGGCCCAAGGCAAGCAGAUGCAUGGGGCCCUUCACUUUUAUUGAUCUUUAAAUAUUUCAAAGUUUUUCUCAUCAAUGUGAAAAUUGUUAGAUCUUUUCAAUAAAUGCAUAACAUUUUUUAUUGCAUUUUAAA